GUCUGGACAUGAUUUUUUGAACUCUCUCAGUUUCCAUCAAACAGUUCUUUGUAACAAAAGAGAAUAUAUAUUUUAAAAAGCAUUACUGCAAUUAUUUAUUUGGUGAGAAGAACAUGUUGUCAGCAGACGAAUCUAAUUACGAGAGAUUUCUUCGAUGUACUUCCCCUAGUGUCCGUGUUCAUUAUUAUAAUCAGACAAGUGGAGGAGCGUCUUCUUCAUCAGCAGCAGCUCCAGGAGGUGAAGCAAGAGAAGUGAGAAAGCCUCGCAUCGCUCUCAAAGAUGUUUGGAGUGCCUAUGAAGAGUGGAGCUGUUUUGGUGCUGGAGUUCCUCUUUUGCUUGAUAACAUCCACACCGAGGUUACCCAGUACUAUGCUCCUACACUCUCCGCCAUUCAGAUCUUCACCAUCAAACCCUUCUCUGGUGAUUCCUCUUCAAGGAGCUCGGCGAUAGGAGCUUCUGCUAUGCCUAACUAUAGGCAUCCCUUUUUACCUCCUGAGAAUUUAGGCAACCUUUAUUUUCAGUUCAACGAGACAACAAGGCCGUUUGAGAGGGAUACUCUUACUCAAAAGAUUGGUACACUAGCUGAGCAGUACACUGGUUUGAAUACUCUGACGAGCACAGAUCUUUCUCCAUAUAGCUGGCUUUCCGUAUCUUGGUAUCCCAUUUAUCCAAUUCCAUCAGUGAAAAGCAGGAAGGAUUUAUCUGCAUCUUUCUUAACGUACCAUACAUUGACGCCCUACUUUAAAGAUGAUGAGGUGGAGGAACAAGGAAUGUCAAGUACACAGGAAGGUGUGAAGGUGGAGGAAGAAGGAGUGUCAAGAACACCAGAAGUUGUGAUCCCUCCAUUUGGAGCAGUGAGUUACAAGGCCUUCGGUAAUACGUGGAUCAUGCCUGGGACACUUGAUCAUCUUAAUACUGUGAAGUACGAAGAAGCAGCUUCCACGAUGCUGGGAACACUCGCCUUCUUCCAAAAUGAUUUCAACUUCUUCAUGUCCAGCAAGUUCUAUGGCCCGCCCCGGUGAUGCUGCUAAAAAUGCUAAGCCUAGCAGUGGCGUAUCUUGUCAUCAUAUAUAUGAUAACAUUCUGAUGCCUUUUACCUAUCGUUCUUUCUCUCUCAUCAAGGCACUGAGAGAAGUGAGAUGUUUAAAUUAUGACUUUGAUCCUAUGUUUGGCUUUUAAUUGCUUUGACUUUGAUCCUGUG